UACAGUUUGUUGGAAGGCGUUCACUCUGUUAAUGGUCUGGGCACAACACACUAGAUUACCACAAAAUUAUGAAAUGUCAUACUAGAUGUACCUUGUGCAAUCUCAUUAGCUAAGAGGAUGGAGUCAUACAAGCGCUUCACCGACGAAAGCUACAAAAAUUGGCUGAAAACUGCCGAGAGUCUUUACAUACUGAGAAGACACAUUCGUGAUUUUGUGGAAAACGAAACCGAAACUUAUCACAAAUCUCUUCGGGAAAGUCUACAAAGGGAGGUUUGUGUAAAGGAUUGCAAGAAAUAUUCGCCACAAGAAAAAAAGUCACCCCUUUGUGACAGGUGUGAGCAGUGGAAAGUCAAGAUAUUAGAAAACCGUCAUACGAAGUAUGGCAUACACUGGGAAAACUGCCAGCCAUAUCUGUGGGCUACAGAGAAAUGGGAAGUGGCUAAGGUUUAUAUGCCGCGUACACCAAAGGAACAUCGCAGUUUUGACCAGUUCGACAUUUCUGCAAUUCUGAACUUCAUGAGUCAAUGCAAACAUUUCAAAACCUUUGUUAAAAGCGACUUCCUGAACAAGGUAAUUAAUGUCAGGAACAACGUGAUGCAUUCCCCUGAUCUCAGGCUGAGCAAAAAGGACAUGGAGGAUUAUAUAGCAAAUGUUGUGCAACUGGCAAAGUUCCUUGAGCCUCAUGCACUAGGACUGAAAGAUAUAUCAGAGGAGAUACAGCAGUUUAAGGAAAAUUUGGAGAAGUAUUGUGGUCAAAGUUCUCCCAAUGCAGAGAACAGCAAGGACGAAAAUGUGAAGCUGAUAAAUAGAGAACACCAGGCCCUGAAGGAGAAGAUUGAGUUUCUGGCCCAGCACUAUGAGGAAGAACAACAUGCAGACCUUAAAAAAGAACUGCAGGGUAUGAAAGGCUUUUUGGAGCAGAACAAAGACCUCCUGGAGAACUUGGGUCCUUAUGUUAACCAGCUGGAUGAGAUCCAAGAAAAGGUGAACAAGCACGAUCACCAGAUUGAUAAUCUCAAGAAUAGGGUGGACAAACUGGAGGAGACACAAGACCCUGUGUUCAUUGGUGAUCCCCUUAAGUUCAAGAAUCAUCUGAUAGAAGAGGCUAAGAAAUGCAAGUGGUCAGAUCCUGUUUUUACAGAGGUCCUUGAAGCCAAUGGUUAUAGAGGUCAGGUGGAGGUCAAUGGGCACAUCUUUACAGGUUCUUAUGUGUGUAAUAGCAAAAAGAGUGCUCACCAGGAGGUGGCUAAGAAGGCCCUGCAGAACCUAAAAUUCUGCUACUAUAGUACUGAACAGUUUUCCCACCCUGGAUGCAUAGACAAGCCAUCAACAUCUUCAACCACUCCAUCAGUGAAUCCUGUUACAUCAGCCUCAAAUGCCCUCUUUUAUGCCAGUGCAACCGUGGUCCUCAAAAACCAAGAAGUUGUUUCUGAUGGAUGUGCACAACAGGAACAUGCAAUUGAAUCAGCAUACAAAAAACUAGCCUGUCUGUUUCACUUAAAUGCCCAUGGAGGUGCAGGUAAUAGUUUUAAGACAAUGGUCUUGGCCCAUUUUGAUAGCUGCCAUUACCCUCCACCAUCAGAACAUUUAGAUCAGCAAGACGAUAAGAACUUCUGCAAACUCCUUCUCUGUGGACCGUUUACCUUUCAUGACAAAGAUGGUUCCAUAAAGAAGAAACAAACAGAACAGCAGGUGGCUAUGGUUGCCCUACAGCAGCUAUCAGGGAUCCUUAACUGUAGUUUUGAUUCUGUUGAUGGUGGAAACUACAAAGGGUUUCUGAAGGAAUGUCUAGAUGCCCAUGGUCUAAAACAACCCAAGUACAGUACCGAGAGAAAAGAAGUGGACAUUGAAGAUGGGGAGUGUCCUAACACUAGUGGAGAUAAUUCUCACUCAUACUGUACCAGGACGCCGAGAGUGUUUAGCAAGGAUGCUAGUCUUCAGCCAGAGGAUAAUGCUGCAGUGGUCCAGCCUCUACCUACAACACAUCCAGACCACAAUGAUGUCCAUCUGAUAGGCAUUCAGGGCACCCAGACUCCCCCCAUACCAUGCCAAGUGGCCAAGUUGGACUGUGCAGAUGCCCUCUUUUAUGCCAGUGCAACUGUGGUCCUCAAAAACCAAGAAGUUGUUUCUGAUGGAUGUGCACAACAGGAACAUGCAAUUGAAUCAGCAUACAAAAAACUAGCCUGUCUGUUUCGCCUAAAUGCCCAUGGAGGAGCAGGUAAUAGUUUUAAGACAAUGGUCUUGGCCCAAUUUGAUAGCUGCCAUUACCCUCCACCAUCAGAACAUUUUGAUCAGCAAGAUGAUAAGAACUUCUGCAAACUCCUUCUCUGUGGACCGUUUACCUUUCAUGACAAAGAUGGUUCCAUAAAGAAGAAACAAGCAGAACAGCAGGUGGCUAUGGUUGCCCUACAGCAGCUAUCAGGGAUCCUUAACUGUAGUUUUGAUUCUGUUGAUGGAAACUACAAAGGGUUUCUGAAGGAAUGUCUAGAUGCCCAUGGUCUAAAACAACCCAUGUACAGUACUGAGAGAAAGAAAGUGGACAUUGAAGAAGGGGAGGGUUCUAACACUAGUGGAGAUAAUUCAUACUACACUAAGGGCAACCAGACAGACACUAAGGGCAACCAGACUCGCCCCAUACCAUGCAAAGUGGCCAAGCUGGAAUGUGAAGAGAUCCACACACUUCUGGCACUGUUUAAUCUGAAACCUCCAUCUGUAACAUUAGAGAGUGUCAGCAAUGAACAAAAAUUUGGCAUUACUGUGGAAGUCAUCUUGGACAACCUAACCUUUAAGAACAAAGAUCCCUGUACCUCCAGGAGGGAUGCCAUUCGUAAAGCAUAUUAUUCACUUGGCUGUGCAUUGGGUAUUUGCCAGUCAAACACAGAUGCAACCAUGCUGGUGAAACAAGAUUUUUCCCAGAAGUCAUUCCCCCUUCCCAAGGAAGUCAUUGAGGGCAACAUAGAGCCUUUCUAUUGUUCCCUUAACAACAUCUCAUACAAUGUCAUCUAUGAGGGACAAGGUUCCACAGAGACAGAUGCGAAACAUGAUGGCCUACAGAAAGCUCUGCAUGCCCUGCCCUUGAUUUUUGGCUACAAGACUUUGCCUAGCUCCGGUAAUGCUGAGGAAAUGGAGGCUCAGAUUAACACCAUUCUGACAAGAAAAAACCAAAAGAAGCUCACGUACUCUCUCAAAUGGCACCGAUAUAUGAGCUCAGCCAAGCUGCUGUUCAAAGACUACACCAUGAAGAGUACGAGGCAGGCAAACAAGAAGGCAAAUCGCAGUCACCUGAGUCGAUGCAUGCUCAGCCUACUGGGCGAGAAAACAGAAUCAAAUGGUCCAUCUUUCAGAAGCUGCUUAGAUGAGUGGUUCAUGAAGAGAGGUCUGCAGCCACCUGUAUUUGAGGACACAGAGGAGGCCCAGGGAUCCAAGGCUAUGUUUUCUGUCUCACUCUCAUGCUCUCAUGCAGACUGGGAAGACAACUUGGAGGCAGCGAUUGAAAAGCUGAUCCAGGAGCUCAGCAAGAGGUUUAGGUAUCUGACUGAGCAGGAUACAUAUUAGCCUGCCAAAUCAUUUGAAAACUACUGAAUAGGCCUGAUUGUACUUCCAAGAGGCUUUCCAUAUAAAUGUAAUACUCUGAUUAUGGGAUUAUGGGAUUUUCAGGGUCUUUGGAUUUUAACCAAGGUAUAUAAAGAUUCAAUUUGAUUUUUAAAAUUGUAUGUGUUUUAAAAGGUAUUGUUUUCAGCAGCACUUUAAUUAUACGCAGAUUGGUUUGGCUCAGAAAAAUACAAAGUUUAUUUUAAAAAUUGCUAAGGAGUGCGUCUUUAUGCAAAAAGUAGUUUUGCAUCAUUCGUAUAAAUAAUUAAUUAGAACUAAUAAAUAACUAAAUAACUAACAGCAAACACAGAGCUAAUGUUGAUGUUAAGUGUUGGUCUGUCUCUUUAAACCCCUGCCUGUGUGUGCCUCUUCAUUGGUCAUUGUUGCUGUUUCUGUUUCUGAUAUUGUAUAUGUGUAGCCAUUGUUAGCAUUAGAUGUCAUUGUUCCUGUCAACACUGUUCAUCGUUAUGUGUGAGUGCCACAAGUGUCAUUGAUGUUUUGUCUCAUUACAAUUAAAUGUCUCACUAAAUUGAGGGAGUCUUUGCAUCCUGUUCCGACAUUACAGAAUGACCAACCACCACAGUACGCCAGCCCCCUCAAUGAAGGAUUCGGGGGGUUAAGGUACUUGACUUGUAAUCAGAAGGUUGCUGGUUCAAGCCCCAGCACUGCCAGGUUGCCACUGUUGGGCCCCUGAGCAAGACCCUUAACCCACAAUUGUUGUACAUGAUUGUAAGUCACUUUGGAUAAAAGCAUCAAAUGUAAAUGGGCUGAGGAGUACUGAUGUGCUCCAUAAGGACCGUAAAGAGGGCGGUUUGGUGGAGCUAGCGGGAUCUCCGGCAGGCAGUGCUGAAGCCUGAGUUCCUUUCCUUCUGUGGACUCAGCAGCAAGACUGGAGGAGUCCACCCAAAGCCUCAGAGGCAAACUGCCUCUGGGGCACUUCUAGAGUGGCUGGAAAAAGGAGGACCAUUUGGGGGAGGAGCAUGGCCAGAACAGGUGGAUGUGCACCCUUGUGUGUCUGUUGAGGCCAAGGACAUGUCUACAGCUCCUGUGGGAUUAGCAGGCACUGCAGCACAGUGCCUUAUGUUUGUGUGGAUUAGUGCUAUUGUUUAUGUGUGUUCGCACCGUGUGUGUUUUUGGAGCACCACAUCACGGGGAGUGUACCUCCCUUUCUCCCUCGCACUCUGCCUUUCUCCCUCGUGUAAGGAGGUCUCCCCAGUUGGUGGCUCCUAGCCCGCCAUGUGUUUGGUGGGCACCGGGCAGUGCCGUGCAGUGUCUGCGUGUGCACAGCGGCCUGGGGUUUGCUGUCCCAGAAUGGGAGGUGUCAGGAGCCACGCCCCUGCGGAGCGGUCAUCGUCAGGGAAUGCUUCCCCCUCACAUGUCACGUGGAGUAUACCGGACUAUCCUGAGAGAGGCAGGGAAGCUGCCUUUCUUCCUCCUACUGAGAGGUCUCCCUUGUUAGCGGCACCUGGCCUGCCCUGUGCUGGGUGGGCACCAGGCAUGGUCGUACUGUGUCUGUGUGUGUGUACGGCAGCCUGGGAUUCGCUGUCCCAGAUUUGGACGCUUCAGGAGCUGUGCCCCUUGGGAGGGAAUGCAUCCCCCCCACGAGUCACGUGGCACAGUCUGCCGCAUGCAAGGGGUUUCACCAUUGUUUGUAGCCACAAGCUCUGUGAGGGCACACACCUGUACGGGGGAUGAUGUUAAGUGUUUGUCUAUUUAAAUCUCCACCUGUGUGUGCCUCUUCGUUGGUCAGUGUUCUGUUUCUAUUACUGUUAUUGUAUAUGUGUAGCCAUUGUUGGCGUUAUAUGUCCUAGUUCCUGUCAACACUGUUCGUCGUUAUGUAUGAGUGCCACAAGUUUCAUCAAUCUUCUCUCAUUAAACAUCUCACUAAAUUGA